GCGGGCCGGGCCGGCAACCACAGCAGGCUGCAGGGAGUGGAACCCGGACUUUCGGAGCUGACAGCAGGCGGCGAUCCCAGUGCAGGAAUGGGCACCCCAGUGCACCGAGUGUCAAUGAGGGAUGCCUGGAGCAGGCACGUGAACCCUGACAUGGAGAGUGAGAGGCGCAAGCAGUCCUUCGAUGUGGAACGACUCACCAGCAUCCUCGAUGGAGGUGCCCAGAACACUGAACUCCGCAGGAGAGUUGAGAAUAUCAUCCACAGUGACCCAGAACUCAGCAUUAAGGACAUUUAUUUUAUGUCCCAGAAUGAGCGAUAUGAGAAUGCCAUUCGGAAGGCAGUCCACAUCAACAUGAUAGCCCGGCGCCUAGGCUGGCUGCAGGAUGGUCCUGAAUUAACCUAUGCUUACAGAGCCCUCGCUGGAGACCUGAGCUUCAAUAUACACAAGGUAUUCCUGAAAGCCCUCGGGAGCCUGGGCACAACGGAGCAGAUUGCCAAAUGGGGGGAGCUGUGCCAAGAUUUCCAGAUCAUCACAACAUACGCCCAGACAGAACUGGGACACGGGACAUACCUUCAGGGAUUGGAGACUGAAGCCACCUAUGACCCAGCCACUCAGGAGUUUGUGAUUCACAGCCCCACAUUGACUGCCACCAAGUGGUGGCCCGGGGACAUGGGACGCACAGCCACCCAUGCCUUGGUCCUGGCCCAGUUGAUCUGCUCAGGAGCCCAGCAGGGCAUGCAUGCCUUCAUGGUGCCCAUCCGGAGCCUCAGGGACCACUCCCCACUGCCAGGGAUCACCGUUGGAGACAUAGGGCCCAAGAUGGACUUUGAUCACACAGACAAUGGCUUCCUGAGGUUGGACCAUGUGCGAGUCCCCCGGGAGAACAUGCUGAGCCGCUUUGCACAGGUCUUGCCAGAUGGCACCUACACCAAGCUCGGAGCAGCGCAGAGCAACUACCUUUCCAUGGUGGUGGUGCGGGUGAGCCUGCUGCUGGGCGAGAUCUUACCCAUCCUGCAGAAGGCUUGUGUCAUCGCCACGCGCUACUCAGUCGUACGCCGCCAGUCCCGCCUCCAGCCCAGUGAUCCUGAGGCAAAGAUUCUGGACUACCAGACCCAGCAGCAGAAGCUCUUCCCCCAGCUGGCCAUGGCCUAUGCAUUCCAUUUCGGGGCCUUCCACAUCCUGGAAUUCUUCCAGCAGGCCUACAGUGCCAUUCUGGAGGGGGACUUCAGCUCGCUGCCCGAGCUCCACGCACUGAGUGCAGGUAUGAAGGCCAUGGUGUCUGACGCCUGCACCCAGGGGGCCGAGAUGUGCCGCAGGGCCUGCGGCGGGCACGGCUUCUCCAAGCUGAGUGGCCUGCCAUCACUGGUCACCAAGGUGACAGCCUCCUGUACCUACGAGGGUGAGAACACUGUCCUCUACCUACAGAUGGCCAGGUUCCUGGUGAAUAACUGCCUUCAGGCUCAGAUGUCCUCAGGCUCCACUUCACAGAGGUCUCUACCUCAGUCCGUCACGUAUCUCGCCGCACCAGUCCUGGCCAGGUGCCCAGCCCAGAAGGCAGCUGACUUCCUCUGCCCGGAUCUCUACAUAGCAGCCUGGGCACAUGUGGCGGCCAAGCUCAUAAAGGACUCAGUGCAUCACUUACAGGCCCUGAUGCAGUCUGGCAUGAAUAGGCCCGAGGCAUGGAACCAGACCACCUUCCAGCUUCUCCAGGCUACCAAGGCGCACUGCUGCUACAUCAUGGUGAAGAGCUUCGCACAGAAGCUGGAGGAACUGAAACAUGAGCCAGCGAUUCAGCAGGUGCUCAAACGGCUCUGUGACCUCUAUGCCUUACAUGGCCUCUUGACCAACUCAGGCGACUUCCUCCACGACGGCUUCCUGUCCGGGGCCCAAGUGGACAUGGCGAGAACAUCUUACCUGGACCUCCUCAGUCUCAUCCGGAAGGACGCCAUCCUGUUAACGGAUGCUUUUGACUUCACUGACCAGUGUUUAAAUUCCGCCCUUGGCUGUUACGAUGGAAACGCCUAUGAGCGUAUGUUCGAGUGGGCUCAAAGGUCACCAACCAAUCAGGGGAACCCUGCCUACGAGAAACACUUACGACCACUGUUACAAAGCAGGGGAGCCAAGCUAUGAGGCAUAGCCAACCGUACUUGAGAGGUAUCUGGAGACGGAACCGGCACAUGCAUACUCAGGAGGAGAGGAAACAGAACGUGGGGGAGUCUGCUAAUGCCUUCCUGGCCCUCCAUGCCUUCAAAUAAAUACAAA